UGAACCUUUCAACAGUUUCAACGUAUUCAAGAUGAUUUAUAUUUGUCAAAGAAAACUCUUAGACGCUAUAGGUCAAAAUAUUUAACAGACUAUCAGUUGAMUCUUUACAAACAACAUUUUUACGAUGUUAAAUACAAUAGAUACCUAUUUCAUUCCACAGAAUAUAACUGUCGCAGAUUAAAUAGUAGUCUACAGCAAAGCUUUAUGAAAAACAUUUAGACGACAGACCAAAACAUGGCUAUUUGCAGAUUACAAUCAAACCGUUCUCUCUUUCUUGUAGGACUGGCGAUAUUGAUCGCUAUAGUUUCACUUUUGUUCGUAUUCUCGCAACAUGACGUUGAAAACGAAAUCUCUGACCCGGAAUUCGAGUUGCCCCCGUCGAGUAUGCCGAUGGGCUUGUACAAUAAAGUCGGAGUAGUGUCAAACGGUGGACCUUGUGCACAAAUCGGAGUGGAUGUGAUGUCUAGUGGAGGAAAUGCUGUUGAUGCUGCUAUAGCUACGAUGAUAUGUGACGGUGCUCUAUGUCCUCAAUUUAAGGGUUUAGGUGGAGGAUUUUUAAUGAGUAUAUACAAUGCUACAACCAAAAAAGUAAUGUCAAUUGACGCACGUGAAACAGCACCAUCAGGGGCAACUCAGUCGAUGUUUGUAAAAGAACCUAAAAAUUCUGUUUACGGUGGUUUGGCAGUUGCAAUUCCGGGAGAACUUAAAGGUUAUUCGACCAUCUAUAAAUUAUAUGGUGGCCAAGUAUCAUGGUCAUCACUAUUUGAACCAACUAUAAAAUUAUGUGAAGAGGGCAUGGUAAUCAACGAACGCUUAGGGUCAAGUUUAAAGAAUGAAGAAGAUUUAAUCAAAAAUGAUCCCAUGCUCAGAAAAUCGUUCUUUAACGAACAUACUGGAAAUGUAAAGAUAGCUGGAGAAAUGUACACGUUACCAGAAUUAGCAGAAACUAUGAAAGUCAUAGCAAAAGAAGGUGGAGAUGCUAUAUACAAUGGUUCGUUAACGAAACAAUUAUUAGAAGACUUAAAAACAAUAAAUGGAAUAAUCACAGAAGAAGAUUUAGCCAAUUAUAAGGUUGAAGUCAAAGAAUCAUUUUCUGUGGAAUUAAAAAGUGGUCAUUCAAUACACGCUGGGCCACCGCCUGGUUCUGGUAUAAUUUUAGCGUACAUACUCAGAGUGUUGGACGGUAUAUUACCGGCACCCAGCGCCGGCUUAGAUGCACAUCGUUUGGUGGAGGCAUUUAAAUUUGGUUACGGUGAGCGAACCCAUUUAGGAGAUCACAAAUUCAUAAACAUGUCUCAAAUUUACGACAAAGUGAAAUCGGAUAGCUACAUAGAUAAAAUACGCAGUCAGAUAUUCGAUAAUUUCACAUCGUUAGACCCUAAGUACUAUGGAGGUGAUUUUGAUAUGCCAGAAAAUCAUGGAACCGCCAAUAUGGUCGUGAUUGAUUCGAUGGGAAACGCCGUCAUAAGUACUAGUACAAUAAACACAUACUUUGGUUGUGGUUUCAUGUCUCCUAGCACCGGUAUUCUUUUGAAUAACGAAAUGGACGAUUUUUCUACUCCAGGAGUCAUCAACUAUUAUGGAAUCCCGUCUUCGCCGGCCAAUUACAUAGAACCGGGCAAACGACCAAUGUCUUCAAUGUGUCCGACUAUAAUUACAGACAAAAAUCAAGAUUUUGUUCUCGCAGCAGGAGCAGCGGGAGGAUCAAAAAUCACGCUCGCAACCGCCUACGUGAUUGCUCUUAAAUUAUGGUAUAACAAAACGUUGAAAGAAGUAAUAGACAAACCAAGAAUUUUCCAUCAACUUGUACCUAUGCAAGUUCAAUAUGAAUACGGAACAACUAGAGAUGUAAUACAACAACUUAAAGAUAUUGGCCAUCCAGUGAUCCGACUGUCGAGUAUCGGGUCUUCAGCAGCAACAGCUAUCGCCAAAUCGGCAUCCGGA